UUUGAUAUUUUCAUCUGAUCUUUUGGAGCUUUCCUCGCGCUGCGCGGUUCACGUCGCGUGCUCGAGCAAUGUCCACCCAACCUCGCGUUCUCUAAAGCUAGUGCGGAUCCCGCGAUCUCGAUUUCUACUCGACCCCUUCAUAACGCGUCCGCGGCCCUCUGUCUGCUCCACAACCCGGCCAGCCUGCACCCGGCCAACUCGCAGGCAGCCAUGUCGACUCCAUCCACCAUGGCCGUGGUGAAUGGUGCCAUGCAGCAGACGUCGGCAUCGCCGUCUGCCAACGACGACGACAGCACGGGCGACAUACCGCGUCGUCCGAUGCGAGUCAAGGUCCUCUACACCUUCGACGACCAGAACAAGUCCAACUGCCUGGCUCGUCUGCCCAACGCCCUCAGCAUUCCUGUGGUGUCCCUUGACGAAGACACCCAGAUCGGCGUCAUUGAGCUCAAGACAUGCAUCCAAGCCAUUGCCGCUGCUAGCCCCGAACUUACCGCCAAGCUCGGCCACGACUACACCGUAUACGCCUACGACUUUUCCGAAUACGAAACGCCUCUGGUCGGCCAAGGCAUGCUGUCAUGGAUCCUCGCCUCGGCCUCGCCUACUCCCAACGCCCCUGCUGAAGACUCGCAGUCGAUGGUCACUGGUCGCGUGUGCAAGAACAUCCUCGGUCUCUUCUCGAAUGGUAUCAAGGAAACACUGGAGGUGAAGCUCAAGCUUGUGCCCGUGCCCAGAUACUUGCAGAAGGAGUAUGUGGAGAACAUGGAGCGCUAUCACAGCCUAAGUCAGAUCAUGCCUGAAGGCUUCGACUACAAUGCAUGGUCAGACUUCCUGAAGGAGAAUCCCACCCUCGGUCAGCUGGCCCAACCGAGGCCGAACAACCCCGCAAAUGACUCACACCGAUUGUCGACUGGUGGCUACGAGCCAUUCCACCAGAUGCUCACGCGCCACAGCCCAUCGCAGGAGCCCCUCCAGAACGACUCGUUCUACAAGCAGUCGACCAACUCGUUCAUGUCUCAGCACUCUCGAGCCUCCAGUCCUGCAAACAGCAUUGCCUCCUUCCGCCAUAUACCGUACAACCCAGAGCCCCGUCCCUCAUCGCGAGCAUCUGUUCGAAGCGACGCGUCGACACACACGCGGCAGUGCCAGCCUGACCCACAAUACAUCAUCGAGAUCCAAGAUGAUGGGCCACCCAGAAAGCGCGCGCGCAUUACCCAGGCAACAAGGCCACGCAACACACCUUUGACAGCUCGCAAUGACUCUCUUCACAAGACUGCCGCCACUGCGUCAUCCGUCUGGCUUCACCGACCGAUUGCGGCCAGUGCAGCUUCGAACCUUGCUGACGCCGAGAUGCACCCUCGCGCGCCAACGCCACGGCCAGGCAACCGAGCCUUCGGCACCAGAGAGCCACGACGGCUACCAGCACCAAGUGUCUUGCGUCAUAGCUCUAUGGAUGCAGGACGUCCAUACAUAUCACCCUACGACACAGGCGCAUUCUCGACUGCCGCUGCGGAUUCAUGCGAUGAUGAGAGGGACGGAAGCCCUGAUGGCACGCCCAGAGACAUACCGUCCUCGCCACCCAUAUUAUCUCGACACAACUCGCCGACGCCCUCGAGUCCGCCGCUGCCAACAUUCCCACAAUUGACGGACUCGGGCUUUGUCAGUGAUGUGCCCAUGACCAGGGAAGAUGAUAACGUUGAACAAGGCAGUACAGUACCAGAUGGAAGCGAUCCACCAACGAGGAGCACGUCGGGGGCAAAACCGAAUGGUACGACGAAGCGCCGCAACCAGCUUGCUAGGAUGGAGAUCACUCCUUAUGACAAUUCGCACAAGCCUUGGCAAGAGGUAACUCCGGGACCCUCUGAUCUUUUGCCUCAAAGCUACGUCCCGCCUUCUAGGAGUUUUACACGGGAGCCCUACAAGAAGGUUGCCCAGAGCAUUGAGUCCGAGACCGCCCAAACGAACCCUGCCCGAUCAGUUGCUUCAAAAGCAUAUGCACCGGGUCUGCCACGUUCGCAGACGCUGCAAGAACGCGCGCGUCAGCCUUUCACAGAUUCUUUCCCAUUCCCUCCCGUCGAGCAAGCACAAGCGCCUGCGAAGCCUGGCUCGCCCGAUUCCAUCAUGUCUCAGGGCUCUCCCGAGAGCGAUGCCGGAGUGCAGGUCUACAGUCGCGAAGCUACACCGAACGCCCCAGCAAAGCGUUCAAAGGCAUCGAAGCCGAGGGGCAUGCCCAGAUCUCAAACCUGGUCUGGCGCUGGAGAGCCAAUGUCAGACGCUCCUACACCAUCUGAAGGCGGUGAAUUGGAGGCGCCGCGAAGCGGAUCACAUGCGAAGCGGAAGAAGUACAUCAAGGACAAGCUCGAGAAAGCGGUUGCGACUGGCGAUAUGCCCGAUCACUGCCACAAUUGCGGAGAGAUCGAGACCCCGACUUGGAGACGGCCAUACACCCGGAUUGAAUAUGGUACACCGGAGGGGAUCGUGAUCUCCCCUACCGGCAUCGUGGCUUACGAGGUCAUUGAGACUGAUCCGGAACAUGGUGGCAAGCCAAUGUACCGCAUCUACAGGAACAAGAUCACGCCCGAAGAGAAGGCAGCCAAAUUUUAUGAGCCAAUGAACCUGUGCAAUCCAUGCGGCCUAUGGUUGGUCAAGAACGCCAAAUCGCGUCCGCAACACAUGUGGGACAAAUCGUCGAAGGGCGCGAAGGCUGCCAAGAACCGGAAGCGUCAGCCCAGCACGCGCAGCAAGUCGAUGUGUCAGGGUGGGGACAUUGCAUCAGAUGCCGUUGUGCCACCUUCCGAUGCUGUGGGCCCAGAGAGUCAAGUUGAGAAAGACAUGCCGCCGCCAUCGACUGCGCCACGCGCCUCAAGCAUUGCCGCGAACGACCACAUUCAGAACCGGGAUGAGGUGCAUACCAAUGUCGAGGCGGAAGCCGCGCUGCAGCGGGCUAUUCAGUCCAGUCCAGCGGGCUUCCGAAGGACUAAGGAUUCGUCUGUGGACGUCGACCAUGACCUGACUCCUAGACCUACUCGUCGACUUCUCUUUCCGUCUCCACGUAAGAACGGUGCAGCCAAGUCACUUGAGUUGAGCGAAGCGAACUCACCGACCAAUGAAGCAGUCAACGAGAAAGAGAGAGGACCCGAAGGCGCCCGAUGUGAGCGGUGCAAGAAGCUCAAAAAGUCGUGCGAUCGUCAGCGACCAUGCAGACGAUGUGUGUCCAGCGGUCUCGACAUAGACGACUGCAUUCCCGCCACGAUGGAUGCGCCGGUCUACAAUAGGGCUCCUACUGUGCCUAUCGACCCUGCCAUACUUGCGCAGGAGGAGGCCGCUCCGGCUCCUUUGCAGGCCACAUCUGCCCAGGGUGACCAGACGGCGCCAAUGAGUAUAGAUGAUGGAGACAUCGACAAAGAAAACUGCCCACCACCUGCGCAGGAUGACGUACUCGAUGAUAUAGCAUAUCUGUUCGAGACCACGGGACCUGCAAAAACCACUCCGAAAAAAUCUACACCCAAGAGAGACGAUCUCUUCCAAGACCUCCUUAAAACACCUACGCCAGGCUCCCGUCGUCGUCUGCUAUUGACACCAAGACGGAGAGCUGAUGGUGGUAAUGAGCUAUUGACACCUUCCCGAUGCAUCUUCACACCCCGGACUAUGCGUCCGGCAACAGCUGCUCCGGAGACCCCAUUCACCAGGCAGCUCAACCAGAUGCUGUCCGAUGCCGCAAACUCUUCCCCUUCUCAAGGCAUCGACCUCUCUGCUUUCCCUGUUUUCGACACUCCCGGUCGCCCUGGAGGCGCGCAGUUCUCAGACCUCUUCAACGACGACUUCUUGUCUAGUGACAUGCCUGCAUCAAGUUCGCCUGCCAGGGGUGGCAUGUUCGGACUUGGUUUCGACCUGUACGAGGAUCCCAACACAUCGUCCGUUGGAAUGUGGAACGACCCGAAUAUGUUCAGCAGUGACACUAUCAUGCUCGACGUUGACAAUGACGCAAUGGGUGACUCAGACUCGACGGACGGCACGAAGACCCCCGCCAUGCUCAAGAUGACUGUUGGCGGUAUCACUGUGGACUUUGCCUCGAUGAUUGAGGAGGUCGUCAACAACGACGAGAACACCAACGUUUUCGAGUCUUUUCCAAACGAGGCUGAGACACAGCUCUCUCCUGAGACGACGAAGUCUCAGUCGAACACCACACAAACGAGCUUAGAGGUCACAAGCCCUGAUGCGACGAGUCAGAGUCUCGUGCAGACACCUGAGGCUCCUGAGGUAUGAAGAAAUGACUUGACGGCAGCUUGCCGAUUUGCGCUAUUGGAUUUUGGGAAGGCGUUACAAAGCGAUCUGCAUUUGCAUACCACGGCGCAAUCUGCGGACAUGGAACAAUGAGGUACGAUUUGAAGAUACACCAGCGACAUGCAGUUGAUUAGAUAGACACUGUAGCAUUGACAUGGCUCUCACGAAGACCACACCAAUAAAUGAAGACAUCAUCAU